UCCACCUUUGAAAUCUACUGCACAGCCAGGAAGCAAGCCUGGCUCAGGGCGCCACCUGCUGAUAACCUUCCCCUCCUGCACCCUCGGCUGGGAUUGAUGCUCUUUUUUUUUUUUUUGUUUCCCUUUUGGCACAAAUUUGUCCUUGCUCAACUGCCCACAGCCCUGAGCACUUCUUGCCCUUCUUCAUGACGUCAGGACACCCUGGGAGUUGAAGGCCGAGAGCCAGCGGUCACCAUGGCAAUGAGGGAGCUGGUGGAGGCGGAAUGUGGGGGUGCCAACCCACUCAUGAAGCUGGCCGGGCACUUCACCCAGGACAAGGCCCUUCGACAGGAGGGCUUGAGGCCCGGCCCCUGGCCUCCAGGAGCCCCAGCCUCGGAGUCGGUCUCUAAGCCUUUGGGGGUAGCCUCUGAAGAUGAGUUGGUGGCUGAGUUCCUCCAGGACCAGAAUGCACCUCUCGUAUCCCGUGCCCCUCAGACCUUCAAGAUGGAUGACCUCCUGGCCGAGAUGCAGGAGAUUGAACAGUCAAACUUCCGCCAGGCACCCCAGAGAGCCCCUGGUGUGGCAGACUUGGCCUUGUCUGAGAACUGGGCCCAGGAGUUUCUCGCAGCUGGAGAUGCUGUGGAUGUCUCUCAGGAGUAUAAUGAGACUGACUGGUCCCAAGAGUUCAUCUCUGAAGUUACAGACCCUUUGUCCGUGUCCCCAGCCCGCUGGGCUGAGGAGUACCUGGAGCAGUCAGAGGAGAAGCUGUGGCUGGGAGAGCCAGAGGGAACGGCUGCUGCUGAUCGCUGGUAUGAUGAAUACCAGCCCGAGGAGGACCUGCAGCACACAGCCAGUGACUUUGUGGCCAAGGUGGAUGACCCCAAGCUGGCUAACUCUGAGUUCCUGAAAUUCGUGCGGCAGAUUGGCGAGGGGCAGGUGUCCCUGGAGUCCGGCGCAGGGUCAGGCCGAGCUCAGGCAGAGAAGUGGGCGGCAGAGUUUAUUCAGCAGCAGGGUACGUCAGAGGCCUGGGUUGACCAGUUCACAAGACCAGUAAACACGUCUGCCCUCGAUAUGGAGUUUGAACGAGCCAAGUCAGCCAUAGAGUCUGAUGUCGAUUUCUGGGACAAGUUGCAGGCAGAGUUGGAGGAGAUGGCAAAGCGUGAUGCUGAGGCCCACCCCUGGCUCUCUGACCAUGACGACCUCACGUCUGCUUCCUAUGACAAGGGAUACCACUUUGAGGAGGAGAACCCCCUGCGGGACCACCCCCAGCCUUUCGAGGAGGGGCUUCGGCGGCUCCAGGAGGGGGACCUGCCCAAUGCCGUGCUGCUCUUUGAGGCGGCCGUGCAGCAGGACCCCAAGCACAUGGAAGCUUGGCAGUAUCUGGGAACCACCCAGGCAGAGAACGAGCAAGAACUUUUAGCCAUCAGUGCGCUGCGGAAGUGCCUGGAGCUAAAGCCAGACAACCGGACGGCCCUGAUGGCACUAGCAGUGAGCUUCACCAAUGAAUCCCUGCAGCGGCAGGCCUGUGAGACCCUGAGAGACUGGCUACGCUACACGCCGGCCUAUGCCCACCUGGUGGCACCCGGGGAGGAGGGGGCCGGUGGGGUGGGCCUGGGCACCAGCAGGCGCAUCCUGGGGUCCCUAUUGUCCGACUCCCUGUUUCUUGAAGUGAAAGAGCUCUUCCUGGCGGCUGUGCGCCUGGACCCAACAUCCAUCGACCCUGAUGUGCAGUGUGGCUUGGGGGUCCUCUUCAACCUGAGCGGGGAGUAUGACAAGGCGGUGGACUGCUUCACCGCUGCACUUAGCGUCCGCCCUGAUGACUAUUUGCUGUGGAAUAAGCUAGGGGCCACCCUGGCCAAUGGAAACCAGAGUGAAGAAGCAGUAGCUGCAUACCGCCGGGCCCUUGAACUCCAGCCUGGCUAUAUCCGGUCCCGCUACAACCUGGGCAUCAGCUGUAUCAACCUUGGGGCCCACCGGGAGGCUGUGGAGCACUUUCUGGAGGCCCUGAACAUGCAGAGGAAGAGUCGGGGCCCUCGGGGUGAAGGGGGCGCCAUGUCAGAGAAUAUCUGGAGCACCCUGCGUUUGGCCUUGUCCAUGUUAGGCCAGAGCGAUGCCUACGGGGCAGCUGAUGCCCGGGACCUGCCCACCCUCCUGGCGAUGUUCGGCCUGCCCCAGUGACAGUGGGACGGGCUGCCCUGCGAGUGUCUGCUUGGAGGGGUCCCUGCUCUGGACAUGAUUCCCUCUCCCCAAAUGGGCCUACCAAGGGGGCGGGCUGAUGACCACAAGUGGUACCGCCUCUCAGGGGCCACCUCUGCGUAGGGUGGGUAGUCUGCAUUCUAGUUCCUGCAUAAUUGUAGGAAAAGGAGCUGUGUCAUUGGAGCCCUUGGUAAUUCAAGGGCUGUCUGUCCAGCUCCCUAUCUCUGCUCAUCAUGCCCUUUCUUGGUGCUGCUUUUUGGUUAGGACCCAAAGAUAGAGGGUAACUGUUGUCAUCAGCUACCGUUUCUGAAGGGUAUGCCACAUUUGUAACAUCUGUCCUCCCCCGACCUUUCCCAGGAAUUGAUAAUCACGCAGCCUCUUCAGGCAGUGGUGUGGGUCCUACCGAGCACCUCUGUGAUGACCGUGUCUAGGGUGGCAUGUGAGAUUGAAGUGUUGAUCUGGCUCAGCGGAGCCGGGGUUUUAGGGGUGCUUGUGGUUCUGUCGUCCUUGGAUCUCCCCUGGCUGCAGCUUGGGUUUCCUGGUUGCUGCUGCACACAGUGAUGGGCAUCAUUGUGGGAGGGGUCUUCAGGGGCUGCCGGGGUCAGUUGCUGCAGAGUGUUUGGGUGGGGGGAGUAGGGAGGAAGGCUUGUUGUAGACUGAGCCUCAAAGGGACCAGAUGGGCUCAGGUCCAGGGCUCUGGUCUGGGGCCUGGGGAGGGAGGACAGAGUAGGUGGGAUGAGGACUGUCCUGAUUGUGGCCAUCCCCCUCCACUUAGAAUGACCUGCGAGUCAGAAUUGAGCCAGCUCUUCUGGAAAGCCAGUUCAGAAAUUGCCACCUUGCCAGAUCCCCAACAAAGAGGGGGUUCAGCUUUACCUUGAGCCUCUGCCUGCCUUCUUCCCCUGUACCACCUCCCCAGGGGGAAGGUGAGCAUGGAUUCUGCCAGGAGACACACUCACCCCAGAAAUGCCUGAGGUGGCCACGAAGCCGCUUGCCUUGUCUUCAGUAGCUAAUGACCAGAGAGAUUUUUUUUUUUAAAGUACCAUGGUCCCAAGGUUCCAUCCUGAAAUUUAUUUUUCUUUGUAUGAAUAUGUGUAAAUGAUUUAAAAAAUAAAGCUGUAAAAUAUUUGUAUGAAGAAUAAAUGAAACUGACAUAGCUUUGA